AUGGAUAUUGAUCAAUCAGUGAAUGGGUGGUUUGAAAGGAUAAGCUUGAUACAGAAGAAAGCUGAUCACUACAAGCUUCAUCAAGAUAUUCUUUCAUCAUUAUCGGAUAAGGACGGCUUUGAUUUUUACAUUAAAUCAAAGGGAAUUAUUAUUAGUGCACAUACUUGCAUAUUACGCUGCCGCUGUCCACGGUUUUACUAUGAAGUUAUUAAAAAAGUUGAUGUUGCUAAUUUGCCAAUACAUUUAUUAGAACACAUUUCAGAUUUUAUCAAGUGUGUUUAUUCUGAGAACAAUGUUAGUGCACCAGAAAAAAAAUUGAUUAAAUCAAUUAACACUGAUCAUCCAAAAAUAAAGAAACGUCCAUCCAUUGAUUUAUAUGAACCUAAACGAAUCUCGUGUGAUAUAAAUCCAUUAUAUUAUUCACUAGCACAGUAUGAUGAUUUUUCUUCAAGUGAGUUCAGCGAUUUUGAACAGUGUGCAUAUGAUGACAUAGAAUCAGUCAUUUCAAACCAGGCGAAUAUUAGUAAUUCAUCAUUUGGUAGCAUGGACAUUAAAUCAAAUAAUUCAGUUGAAUCUCGCCAAAUUAAAUCACAAUUAAGUAGCUCAUGUCAAGAGUCAACUGUGUUAACUAAUGAAGAGAGUUUUAUAGAUGAAAAAUCUUCACUAAGUUUUAAAAUUGAUGGAUCAGAUAUUGGCAACAAAGUUAGAAUAGUAAAUAAUCUUAGCUGUGAGUUUCAACAUGAUUUUAUAAAAAAACCAAAUGCUGAUAUAAAUAGUUUUUCAAAUCUAGAACUUGCGAUUGGAUGUAACAAUAUAUUAGAUUCAUCGAUUCAUGGUCCAAAAAAUAAAACAAAUCCAACACCUAUUGAAAUUGUGAUGAAUAAUACCAAAGGCUGUAAACCUGAUUUAUCAAGGGUUGACAGUUUGAUAAACAAGAGUUUAAACGAGGAAAAUAUUUUACUCAAUGAUAACACCGAUAGAAUGAUUCAAGAAACUGAUGAUGAUUUAGAUGUCUUAUCGCCACACAGUUUUGAAACUUUUACUGUGAUUAAAAAAAAGAAUGAAAAUGAAGAUAUUUUUUGUAAAUUUAACCAUUUUGAGAAUAGUAUUAAUACAAGUGACCAAGAUCCAUUAAAAAGUGAAUCAAAUAAUUUUCAGACAUUUACUGUAAUAAAUGAAAAUAUAAUAGCUGAUGAUGGCAGUGAAUCUCAAACAGAUAUAGUUGUAAAUAGUGUAUCUUUUGAACCUGAAACUUCAAAUGAUUAUAAAACAUUCACUGUUGUUAACGGAAUUAGUAGAUCUCCUUUUAAUUCAGAACAACUAAGUAGUUCAUCUAAUUCAACUCUAUCAAAUAGUAAAAUAUAUAUAAAUAAUAAUGACAUUGAUUUAGAUUUAUUACCAUCAACACACACAAUAUCUCAAUUUGAUACAAUUACAUUGUUACCACAGUCAAAUAAUUACAGUGAUUGUGACAAGGAAGAAGACAAUGUAUCAACAAAUUUAAAUAAUGAUGAAAAAGAGAAUAAUAUUUCUAAAUUUGAUAUUGAUACUACUAAAGAAGAAAACGCUGGACAUAAUGAGUCCUAUAAUCAAAUUAAUUUCAAACCUGAAGGAAAUAUUAGAAAGGAAGUAUUUAGUUAUUCAAAUAAUAUUGAAAGUAUUGUAACUUCAUCUGAAAGUAGUAUAUCUACUAAUAUGAAACAAUGUAGUGAUGUUAUACCUAGUAUAUUAAGUACAGUUAGUGACAAUGCUACAUUACAUUUUAUUUGUGAAGAUAACAAUAGUCAAAACAAUUCAACUAACCAACAUUUAGAAAAGCUGAAAAGUUCUGGUGAGUCGGAUAGUACUCUGAGUUUACAUCUUGAAAUUUUAGAGAACACUAAAGGAAUGAAUUCUCCCGAUUCUUUAAAUGAAGAUGAUGUGUUUGGUCUGGAAGAAAAGCCGAUUGUUUCUAAUAAGCUAGAAUUUGUACCUUUAGAAGCAACACCAAUAAAAGAUAAUAGAAGUCCACGUUUGUCUAGAAAAUACAUGGAAUGUUCACCUGUUAUAUCAGCUAACGCUUAUAUUCCCGACAUUGAUGUGGAAAAAUCAACUAUCACUGAAGAAAAUAGUGAACGUAAGAACUCAAGCUCAUUUUUUAUUGAUUUUAAUCAAGGUAAGCCAAAAAAUAAACCUAAACGUUUUGAAAAUCUCACAAAGUCUUUAGAUUCUAGUACGAUUGCUAAUAGUAAAGAAAAAAUAUUCUCUAUGUUUAUUGAUUUCAACGAAGAUUCAGAAUCUAGUGAAUCGUCGUCUAAAGGUAUUAAACAUCGUAAACCUCAAACACUUGCAGAUCGGUUUGUUAGAAUGCAUAGCGAAGAGGCUUGUGUCAAAAUUAAAGAUUCUGAAAACACAGUAACUCCUCCUCCAAGUCGAAUGACAUCAACUGUAGAAAACUCUUCUGCUGACAUUUCUGAUUCUUGUAAGAAACAAAGUGUAUUUAUGUUUAUUGAAAAUGAUACACCUACCCCAGUCAAACGAAGAUCAUUACCUCAGAGUUCUCGACUUAAAUCUCAAAGAAAUUCUUGGAAUGUUGACAGUACAGUUGUUCAUAAAACUCAUCAUAGAACUCAUAGUGUAAAUUUAUCUGAAGAAAAUCACUUUGAUGCCAGGAUGACUCAGAGUCAUAUAGAAACAGGAUCAAAUGACUUCAAUAAACCUUCAGAUUCAUUUGAUACUUUAGAAUGUAAUGUAACAAUAACUGUAAAUGGUGCAAAAGACAGUGGAAUUGGUUUAGUUGAUUCUUUUGUCCGACUAUCUGAUAUGGAUAAAGCGCCUUCUCAAGAAAUUAUCAGUAGUUUAAAUAAGAGUGAGUCAAAAUCCGAAUCUUUGAGACGAGAUUUAAAAAACACUGAGUUAGGCAGAUGUUUAAAACGAAUGUUUCCAUAUUUAAAAAGUAUUGAAGUGGAACGUAUAUUACUCUCCAAACCACCUCAUGUUCUUGACAGUAGAGAAGAAAUUAAAAGUGGUCUUGGGCAAGAUUUACUUCGUAUGUUUUUAGAAGAAAUUGGUGCGGAUACAACUAUUGAUGUUAAUGGAAGACGAAUUAAAGCCCAUAAAUGUGUGUUAACUUCAAGAUGCCAAUAUUUUGCUGCCAUGUUCAGUGGUGGAUGGGUACAAAGUGCUGGGAAUGUUUUAUAUUUGAAAGGAUUUUCUUACAAUACCGUUCAUUUAACAUUACGAUACAUCUAUAGUGGUGAAUGUGAUUUCUCUGAGAUUAAAAAUGUGGCUGAAUUAUCCAAAUUGGCUGAUAUGUUAUGUCUUGAAGGAUUAAAAGAUAACAUAAUGUUAUAUUUAGCCGCAGAAUAUUGUCAUUUCUUUAAGGAGGUUUGCGACCGUUGUACUAUUGGCAUUCUCGAGUGCUUGACAUUAAGUGUUGCUUAUGGACUCGAUGAUCUUUAUUUGUCUUGUAUAGUAUGGAUAAAUGACAAUUUUUCAGUAGUCUGGCCAACACACCACUUUGUGUCACUACCACAGGAUUUAAAAGUCAAAUGUUUCAGACAUAAAGUUGCACACAUUGAUGAUAUAAAUGAUGUAUUGAGUGUAACAGAAGGCUGUGAAAAGAUAAAAAAAUCUUUACCAAAUGAUGAAUGGACUAAAGAAGUAAUAGACUUAACUACAGACCUUUCAAAUAGUGUAAUAAAAUAUUUGGCAAAACAUUUUUAUCCUACCAUAACAUCAAAAUAUUUUAAACAAAUACUCGAAAGUGAAAACUUAUUUGCUGAUAGCUUUGCUACACAUUUGUUGGCGUCUUGUAAUUGUGCAAAUAGAAAUCAAAUAAGACAAGCUUAUGAUCACUUGAACAAAUCAUCAUCAAAUAAUUUUUGGCAUACACAAGGAGACAUUUUAGUGAAUGCUAUUAUGGAGUUGAUAGUUAAAGGUUUAGCUUCUGACUUCAGGAACGGUAGAGAAAGACAAGCAAUGGGUAGUCUUCCAAAUGAUUAUCGAAUGUCCGAAGCCCUUGCUAAAAGAAUUGCAUUUGAGUUGGGCUUACCUGGAAUAGAGUUAGCAGCAAAUGGAACUUUAAUAACAUCAAGCCCUGUUAAAAAAAUGACAACUAGUACCAAAACGUUAAAUAAAACUCCGGAAAAUAAAGUUAAACUAAAAACUGCAGUUGAAAAUACUCCAUUAACUAAAAGUAAAACUCCAGGAAAAUUUGCUGAGGUAAAAUCACGUUAUAUGGAACCAAAACCACAACUGACUACACCUACACCUCCAAAGAUGUUAUCUGUUCAUAAAGAUUUACCUCGUGGCCGUCGCAUUAUGUCAUCAUCAACAUCUCUGAUUUCAUCACCUAAUGUUAGGAGCACUAUGGCAAGUUCUAGGUUGUCUACUAAUCGAAUAGACAGUGGCUUGAAAACUAAAACAUCGUCUGAAUUAUCUCUGUCUACUCCUAAACCAAAACCUAGAACUAUGUUACCUAAAACUGAUCCACUACCAUCUAACAAUCGUACAUCGUCCAUUGCAAUAAAACAAACACCCAAAACAACUAGAAAACCUAUACAAAAUAAUGCAAGUAUUAAAAAAACCUCAAACGAGAAAAUUAUGAAUGGCGUUAAAAGACAGACUAUUAUUCCUAAAACAAAAUUGUUGCCAAAUGGACAUCCCACUAUAGGUUCUAGAUCAGGUACAUUUUGUAAAGAUGAACCUACUGUUAUACACAGUAAAGAUAUUACUAGUUGA